CCAGGAUCCCCUCGGCAAGGAUGGAACUGAAGGCCGAGGAGGAGGAAGUGGGUGGCGUCCAGCCCGUGAGCAUCCAGGCCUUUGCCAGCAGCUCUACCCUGCACGGCCUGGCCCACAUCUUCUCCUAUGAGAGGCUGUCUCUGAAGCGGGCCCUGUGGGCCCUGUGCUUUCUGGGCUCGCUGGCCGUGCUGCUGUGUGUGUGUACGGAGCGCGUGCAAUACUACUUCCACUACCAUCAUGUCACCAAGCUCGAUGAGGUGGCUGCCUCCCAGCUCACCUUCCCUGCCGUCACGCUGUGCAACCUCAAUGAGUUCCGCUUUAGCCAAGUCUCCAAGAAUGACCUGUACCAUGCUGGUGAGCUGCUGGCCCUGCUGAACAACAGGUAUGAGAUACCUGACACACAGAUGGCUGAUGAAAAGCAGCUGGAGAUAUUACAGGACAAGGCCAACUUCCGCAGCUUCAAACCCAAGCCUUUCAACAUGCGUGAGUUCUAUGACCGAGCUGGUCAUGACAUUCGUGACAUGCUGCUCUCCUGCCAUUUCCGAGGGGAAGUCUGCAGUGCUGAAGACUUCAAGGUGGUCUUCACACGGUAUGGAAAGUGCUACACAUUCAACUCAGGCCGAGAUGGGCGGCCUCGGCUGAAGACCAUGAAGGGUGGGACUGGCAAUGGGUUGGAGAUCAUGCUGGACAUCCAGCAGGAUGAGUACCUGCCCGUGUGGGGGGAGACUGACGAGACGUCCUUCGAAGCGGGCAUCAAAGUACAGAUCCACAGUCAAGAUGAACCUCCUUUUAUCGACCAGCUGGGCUUUGGUGUGGCCCCAGGCUUUCAAACCUUUGUGUCCUGCCAGGAGCAGCGGCUCAUCUACCUACCCCCGCCCUGGGGCACCUGCAAAGCUGUUACCAUGGACUCGGAUUUCUUCGACUCCUACAGCAUCACCGCCUGCCGCAUCGACUGUGAGACUCGGUACCUGGUGGAGAACUGCAACUGCCGGAUGGUGCACAUGCCAGGGGACGCCCCAUACUGCACUCCAGAGCAGUACAAAGAGUGUGCAGAUCCUGCCCUGGACUUCCUGGUGGAGAAGGACCAAGAAUACUGCGUGUGUGAAAUGCCUUGCAACCUGACCCGCUAUAGCAAGGAGCUGUCCAUGGUCAAGAUCCCCAGCAAAGCCUCCGCCAAGUACCUGGCCAAGAAGUUCAACAAGUCUGAGCAGUACAUAGGGGAGAACAUUCUGGUGCUGGAUAUUUUCUUUGAAGUCCUCAACUAUGAGACCAUUGAGCAGAAGAAAGCCUAUGAGAUUGCAGGGCUCCUGGGUGAUAUUGGGGGCCAGAUGGGGCUAUUCAUCGGAGCCAGUAUCCUCACUGUGCUGGAGCUCUUUGACUAUGCCUAUGAGGUAAUUAAGCACAAGCUGUGCAGAAGAGGCAAAUGCCAGAAAGAGGCCAAGAGGAGCAGCGCAGACAAAGGCGUGGCCCUCAGCCUGGAUGACGUCAAAAGACAUAACCCCUGCGAGAGCCUCCGGGGCCAUCCGGCCGGGAUGACGUAUGCUGCCAACAUCCUACCUCACCAUCCGGCCCGAGGCACAUUUGAGGACUUUACCUGCUGAGUCCCGCAGGCCACUGUACCAAAGGCCUAGGUGGGGAGGGCGAGGAGAGCAAAGGGGCCCCAACUGCCCCCCCACAUCUGCCCUGAGGACUCACCCAUACUCCUGGGCAGCCCUUUUCCUCUUGCCUGGGUGAGGAAGGAGUCUUGACCUUAGAAGACCUCUCCCUGCCUCUAUCUCAUUCUUUUUAUUUUAACAAAACUAAACUAAUCUUGAAAAAGAAAAAAGAGAGAGAGAGAGAAAACCUUGGCAAAGGACCUCAGGCUGCCCCUCCCUGCUCCAUGCUGCCACCCCUAGCUCCCAGCCUGAGUUCUGUCUGUCAUCUGAGUGUCCACCUACAUUCUGCUGCCACCAGUCACCAAAGUCCCCUCCCAGUGAGGGGUAGAGGGGAUCCCUGGGGCCUGGAAUUCAGGCCCCAAACCAGAGAAUGUACCUUAAGGGGGGGAGGGCUAUUGAGGGGGCUUCCCCAGCCUUAGGAGACCCUCUCAGACCAGUGACUUCCCCCCUCCCCCGUCCAUUACCCCCCCCCCAAGCUCAUCUCCAGGCAGAAAAAUAAAUCUCCAGUCCCGCUCCCUCACACUAUGUGAAGUUUCUGGGGGGAGGGGAGGGGUCAGGGAUCCCCUGAAGAAGUGGAGAAGAGAACAUGAUGUGGCUCCGGUGCUGAAGGCCACAUCCUAAAUCCCUAUGAGCUCUCCCCCACUCCAAAGCUGCUGGAGAGACUUCCUUCCCAGAGGCAGCCUUCCUCCACAUCCCAUAAAAGACCUGGCUGGUUAGCUUCCAGCUCAGGGAGAGGGGCACUGGUGCCUGACCUCACUGGCCUCCCUCCCAGAGGCCCUUGCAAAGGGCCACAUCCAUAAAUUUUCUUAUGGAACACUCCCAAGUCUUCUUCUCCAGCUUCAUUUGCUUCUUUCGACAACCUCAUCUGCAUUUUCUAUUUCUAUAUGAUACAGACUCUAUAUUGCUAUAUCUCUGUAUAUACUUUCCUCUAACCCUGUCUGUCUCCAUCCUUUUGUCUCAGAGAACCAUCUUCCCAGAUAUUCCCACCCUCCCCCUCCAAAAAGAAGUUCCUCCUUCUGUGUUUCUCCCCUGUUCCUGGUCUCUGAAUGCCUUCGCCUGUAUAAACAGUUGGACUCUCCCCUGGUGUCUGUACUGUGUACACACAUCCCUCUGAGAAGCACAAGGAGACGACACACGCAUUGUAACCUUCGCACUGUCUUGGUGGCGACAUAAAGGAAGCUGUGAAUCACAAGCUCUGCCUCUUUCUGGCCUCACCCUCUCCCCCCAAUCCCAGGUACCCUCUGCCCUCCCUGCAGCCUUAACAUUCCCUUCCCCUGCUCCUCCUAUCCCAAUGUCCUUUGCCUGGCUGACUGUGGUCUCCCCAAGAAAGAAGUGCUACAGAGGUAGCCCCACGUAGGGGGGUAGAGAAUUAUGCUGGACACUAAGUCAAGAGACAGAAGGGAGCUGCGGAUUGGUGACUCCCACAGCUAGGGCAGUGGGUGCCCACAGGAAGAAGUUGAGGUCUUCAGUCAGUGGCCUUUCCCUCCUUCUGGGUUCCCAGCCUCCCUUCCUCACCUGAUGUCCAACCAAGCCCACCUGGUGAGUCAGGGUUUGGUCAUGGGAGGAAAGAGGCAAGACCUAAAGGGGGAGUUGAAAGAUUUGCUGUUCUGUCUCCCUACAAGUAAGGGGUUGGGCCUGUCCCAACCCCUCCACCAGGCACUCCUCACAAGCCAGAGCCCUAACCCUUUUCCAGGCCUUCUCUGUCCAGCUGUCUCUUGGUGUACACUCCCAGAACAGUGCCUGUGGGCAGUUCAUCUGCAUUGGUCUGGAGCUGGAGAGUGAGACUAUAGGAUCUUUGAGAACUUCUUGAUUUCUAAAAGUUCCUUAGAAAACAGCCUUUCCAAAGGGAAGAAAGAGCAAGGCCAAAAGUGUGCACUAGAUGGGGGUCAGUAGGCAGGGCCCUGGGUGACGCAUGACUCUGGUCUAAUAAACUGGGUUUCAACCAUCUCCUCUUCA